AAAUUCAGUUGUUUUAAAAUUUAAAUCAGAAGUUGAAGCGUACCAAAAAUUGUCCAAAAGUUUAUUGUUAGCCCAUCCCUGGCACAACAUAUGUUCUGAACUGACCAUCUGUGAGCGAACGUAAUUGCUAUCCCUUUCUGCUCGUCGAAGCGUAAAUGCGUACAUUUUUAGAAAUUUAUAAGUUCAAAUAAAAUUGAAAGAUGAUGUCUAAACGAAUGCAAAUUUGGAGGGCAACCCAAGCGGUGCUCACUCUGAACUCGACAUGCAACAGAGCUUCUACACAGAUAUUCUCUUUAGGUAGCAGUAGUCGCGACAUGCACCUGAGCAGCAGUUGGAGCAACCAGCUAAGCAACCGCAUAAUUGCUGCACCUCUGAUCCCUCUCUAUGCCUCGGCGCCUGGCACAAUACGCUUUGCGAGCACUCAGAAGGAUGUACCUGUUGAAUCGGUGUCCAGCAAGGAAAUUGUGGACCUGCCUGCCAUUCCGGAGGCCCCAACGCCGCCAGCUAAUUUAGUCCCGGAGAGCCUAAUGGAAGCCGGCGAGCCGUCGUUUGCUUCAAUCGGACUAGGGGGCUGGUCACCGCCUGGCAUGAUUCAGAACUGUAUGGAGUUCUUGCACUGUACAUGGGACAUUCCCUGGUGGGGCGCCAUUGCCAUAGGAACGCUCUGCGUGCGCACGUUAAUCUUCCCUCUGGUCAUACUGGCACAGCGUAACUCUGCCAAAAUGAGCAACAACAUGCCACAGAUGCAGGUAUUGCAGCUGAAGAUGACAGAGGCUCGACAGUCGGGUAAUGCCAUCGAAUCGGCCCGGUAUGCGCAGGAGAUGAUGUUGUUCAUGCGAGAAAAGGGCGUCAAUCCUCUCAAGAAUAUGAUUGUGCCAUUGGCUCAGGCACCUCUCUUCAUCUCCUUCUUUAUGGGUCUGCGUCAGAUGGCCAAUACACCAGUCGAAUCGAUGCGUGACGGUGGCCUCUUCUGGUUCACCGAUCUCACUCUGGCCGAUCCAUACUAUCUGCUGCCGGUUAUAACCAGUGCCACGCUCUACCUCACCAUUGAACUGGGCACUGACAGCGCCCGUCUGUCGGCUGCAAAUAUGAACACCAUGAAGUACGUGCUACGCGCCUUGCCCAUUGUCAUAUUCCCAUUCACCAUGAACUUCCCUGCCGCCAUUCUAACGUACUGGGCCUGCAGCAACUUCAUCUCGCUCGGGCAGGUGGCCCUGUUGCGUAUUCCCGCGGUGCGGGAUUACUUCAAGAUCGAGAAAAUGGUCUCCCAUCCGCCCAGUGCACUGCCAGCCAAAAAGAAGGGCUUUGUGGGGGGCAUGAAGGAAUCCUGGGAUAACAUGAAGAUCACCAAAGAGAUCGAGGAGCGUCAGCGAUUGGACGAGAUACGCUUUGCCAAGGCCGGCAAAGGUCCGCUGGUAAAGACAUUCAAGUAUGAUCCCACUAAGCCGCAUUCAAGCCCAGUCAAUCCAAAUUCAAAUCCCAAUCAAAUCGAAACACAGGUCACAAGUAACCUAAAGUCCAGUUCCAAGCAUUAGUUGUAGCCCUUUCGGCCGUGGCGCUCGUUGUUAAUGUUAGAUAUAGUAGUUUCAUCAGAAGUUGAAGCAUAUGUAUAUGCUAAAUUAUAAUCUAUUUUCUAUUAAAACAAAUAAAUACAGAAA